CAAAGAUUGUUGGUCGUCAAGAGCAUAUUUGGAUAAUGUCUAAGGCCACAGUACAUGUAAGAUGAGUGAUGACCAAACUGUCGGCAUGGAAGCACUGGUUGCCCUGAUGCCUCAAAACCGACGCGUUCGAUUUGACUUUAAUUCUUGCGCCUGAGGCGGUAAGCUGUGCCCAGCAAAUGCGCUUGAUCACGAUUGGUUUGGCUUCAGAUGUAUGUCCACGUAUCUGCAUAGCCUGCAGGCUGUGCAACUCAGUUUCACAUAUGAUGUCGUCGUUGCCACGCCCCUCAUUUUUCAUCACAAUCUCUUGCGGUUCAGAGUCAGCGUAUACGGCACCACUCUACUACUCAUGCGCCAUGGGUUGGAUGCUCGCCAAUAAAAAGGCAGAAGUGUGUUGCUCGAUAUGCGACUGCCUCGGCUUCUUUCACACGCGCGGCUCUAAUAAGCUUCAGCGUCCUAGCCUUACUGUUCUGCCAAAUCGCUCUUUCGAUGAGUUUAGCAGAUCGGCCAAGCAAGGAUGUUGCUUCUGCGAUGUUGUUCAGCAAAGCUUUCAGCUAUUGCAAGAUGUGCCAGUAGAGAUGCGGGUCGAACUUUUACUCUACGGACAGUCACCAGCUGAGUUACAUGCGUCACUCAACAAAGAUAUUCACGAAGUGGUGGAAAUUUAUUCAUGCUCAAGUAAGCUUGCUCUAUUGUGAAGCCCUUCUGCAUGGGUAGCUCUGGCUAAGAAUCGCCAUGUAGCAAACACAAGGCAGAACCCUAUUGUGGGAAACGACGUUGCCAAAGUGUCGAGCUUGAAUGCGUCAGUGCAGUUCUUGAGGGAGAAUUUCUACAGUUGCAGAACUGAG